AUGACAAGGAGUAUAUUCAUUGUUGAGGGCCAAGAACCUGGUCAGAGGAUGAGCAAUGUGGCAUUUGCUGAAGUUGACCACAGGGGAGAUUUGGGUAAUGCAGCUUGGUUCCAGCUCUUUGCUGUCGAAUUCCUUGCUGACUUCUGCCAAAAUUUUUUUUUAAUAGGAGGAUAUGAGACCUUUUAUUCACAAUAUCCUGAGUGUUGCGUGGAUGUAAAACCCAUUUCACAAGACAAAACUGAAACAGAGAGAAACCUCAUCAGUCACUGUGAGAAACAGAACAUGAGCCGAAAACCUGCUUAUGAUCAGGGUGGCCCAGUUGAAAUUCUACCAUUCCUCUACCUUGGCAGUGCCUACCAUGCUUCGAAGUGUGAGUUCCUUGCCAAUCUCCACAUCACUGCCCUACUCAAUGUUUCCAGGAAAAGUUCAGAUUCCUGCACCUCUCAGUUCGACUACAAAUGGAUUCCAGUAGAAGACAAUCAUACAGCGGACAUCAGUUCUCAUUUUCAGGAAGCAAUAGACUUUAUUGACUAUGUCAGGCGAACUGGUGGCAAAAUCUUGGUUCACUGUGAGGCUGGAAUCUCCCGCUCCCCUACCAUCUGCAUGGCUUAUCUCAUGAAAACCAAGCGAUUCUGCCUGGAGGAGGCCUUUGAUUACAUUAAGCAAAGGAGAAGCAUGAUCUCACCCAACUUUGGCUUCAUGGGCCAACUCCUGCAGUAUGAAUCAGAGAUUCUAUCUUCCAUGCCCAACCCCCAGGUCUCCUCCUGCAAGAGGGAGGCAGCUGCAUCAUUCUUUGCCGAUGAAUUGACUCUGAGCCCGGGGUUUGAAGGCUCUUGCUACUCGUUCCCUACCUCGGUGCUGACAACAGUGCCCAUCCACUCGCCAGUCCACCAGCUGAAGCUGAGCCCCAUUACAGCAUCUUCCACCUGCUGA